GUGUGAGCUAAUAGUAGACUGACUGUGCCUCUAAAUCCUCUUUCCAGGCUAGAAACUACAAGCACUCCGGCUAAAGAGAAGAUCCACUUUUUGUCCGCCUGCGGCCCCUGAAAGGCUCUUCACGCUCACCCACCAGUCAAAAUGGCUGUACCUAUAAACCCCACGGACGAGCCCAGGGUGUACCAGCAGACGCUGCUCCAGGAUGGCCUGUACGACUUGCUGGAGAACGACAAGCUGGUUGACUGUGUGCUGAAGAUCAAGGACAAGGAGUUCCCCUGCCACCGGUUGGUCCUGUGCGCCUGCAGCUCCUACUUCCGCGCCAUCUUUCUGUCCGACCUGGAGGAGAGCAAAAAGAGAGAGAUCGUCCUGGAGGACGUGGAGCCCGGUGUCAUGGGGCUGAUCCUCAAGUACCUGUACACCUCAACAAUCAACGUGACGGAGCAAAAUGUACAGGACAUCUUCGCUGUGGCUAAUAUGUACCAGAUCCCCUCCAUUUUCACCGUGUGUGUCUCUUUCCUACAAAAGCGCCUGAGCCUCAGCAACUGUCUGGCUGUCUUCAGGCUCGGCCUGAUGCUGGACUGUCCCAGACUGGCGGUCUCUGCCCGGAACUACGCCUGCGAGCGAUUCCAGCUCAUCUCCAGAGACGAGGACUUCCUCCAGCUGCUCCCCAGCGAACUGGCGGCCAUUUUGGCGAACGACAACCUGAACGUAGAGACAGAGGAGGCAGUGUUUGAGGCUCUGAUGAACUGGGUGUCCCGGGACACAGAGGGCAGAGAGAAGGAGCUGCCGGGUUUGCUGGACUGCGUUCGCUUGCGUCUGGUCAGCGAGGAGUACCUGAAGGAAAAAGUGGAGAAAAGCGGGCUGAUCUCUUCAAACCCUGAGUUGCAGCAGAAGCUCCAGCUGGUCAAGGAUGCUCACGCUGGGAAAAUGCCAAAGGUUACAAAAAGCAAGAAGGAAAAUGGUGGAGCGGAAAAGGAUGGAGAGGCUGAGGAUAAAGAGGAGGAAGAAGGUCUACUCCCAGGCAUCCUGAAUGAUAACCUGAGAUUCGGCAUGUUUGCCAGGGACUUGAUACUCAUGGUGAAUGACACAGGGGCGGUGGGCUACGAUCCAUCAGGGAACGACUGCUUUGUGGCAUCGCUCUCCACGCAGAUUCCCAAGAACCACAUCAGCCUCGUCACUAAGGAGAACCAGAUCUUUGUGGCAGGAGGAUUGUUCUUUGAUGAACAGAACCAGGAAGACCCCCUGUGCUCCUUCUUCCUGCAGUAUGACCCGGUCAGCGCUGAUUGGCUGGGGAUGCCUCCGCUCCCGUCUCCCCGCUUCCUGUUCGGGCUGGCCGAGGCGGGGAACUGCAUCUUUGUGUUGGGAGGGAGGGAGCUGAAGGAGGAGGAGCACACACUGGACUCCGUUUUGGUCUACGACAGACAAUCUUUAACUUGGGGUGAAUCGGAGCCAAUGCCGCACGCAGCCUAUGGGCAUGCAACCAUCUCCCACAAGGAUGUCGUCUAUGUGAUUGGAGGAAAGGGGGACAACAUGAGCUGUCUAAAGAAGAUGUGCGCAUAUGACGGCAAGAGGUUGGAAUGGAAGGAGCUUCCUCCCAUGAAUAUUGCACGCUCCUUAUUCGGAGCCACCGUUCACCAGGACAAAAUAUAUGUGGCGGCAGGCGUCACCGACGAGGGCCUGACGGACUCUAUGGAGGUGUACGACAUCGCGACCCACACGUGGACAGACUUCGUUGCGUUUCCCCAGGAGCGCAGUUCUCUGACCCUGGUGUCCCUGGCUGGCUCGCUGUACGGCGUCGGAGGCUUUGCCAUGAUGCCUUUGGAGGACAGCGAUGAGAUUGUUCCCAAGGAGAUGAACGAUAUCUGGAGGUAUAAUGAGUCGGAGGACAAGUGGAUUGGGAUCCUCAGAGAGAUCAAGUACGCUUCAGGGGCCACUGUUCUGGGGGUCCGCCUCAACACCCUGCGCCUCACCAAGAUGUAAAAUCCCCCUCGGCUUCCUGUUUGACAAGAGAAAGCAAUGCGCUCUACAGUCCCAAGGACAGGUACCACCAAGGUCACAGUGACAUCUAACAUGUCCAGGAUCAGCCCGUCUGUUUGGUGUUCUGUUUGUUUUAUUUCAUAUGAUGCUCCAGCAAGUUUUUUUUAACUGUACAGCUUCUUGUGAUUCUGGCCUAAUGUGAUGCACAGUGUUGUUUUUUUAAAUUCAUAACAAUUUAUGUGUGUGACAGUAAUUGAUUCAGUUUGUAAAAUUGUAAACGAUGUGUAGGUCGGCUGACGUUUGUUGUCGCACCGAAUAGAAUAAAAGCGAAAGUAUUUAUCACCAGCCGAAAAACUGUCUUGAUAAUUAUGGAAGAUGUGCGGAGAGGACGCCGUGCAUUUCCCAACAGAUGGCAGCAAAGCCAUGAUGUAAAUGUUUGACAGGCAAAGAGACUGAAACACAGAUCAGAAAAAAAAUUCAGCUUCUCCGCGCUGGAACAAAAACACGGCACACGUCUCCAUUUGCAAUAAUAGAUCUAUAUUGUUUAAUAUUGAAAUGAUUUCAUUACGCUCUGCUGUGUUACAGACGGUAGACACUAGUCAAUAAUACAAUAAAAGACAGAAAAUACAGUCUAAUGUUAUUAGCACCUCUAGACACUAUUGUCCUUGCACUGUUUUUAGUUUUUUUAAUAUAGCUGAACUGGACGACUACUGCUUACACGUGGUCUUUGUACACCCGAGUUAACUAAGACAUAGUGUUUACAUUAUAAGGUAGAGAAUCAGCAAAUGGCGGUACACGUUAUAAUGAUGUCUUUAACACAACUGCAAAAUGAGUAAGUAUGCGAAAUGUAGAGGAGUAUGUGGAUAAUACAUCUUUGAAUCACUUAUGGCAUUUUUGCCUAUGGUUAUCAUCACAUGUACCUUUGCCCCAAAAAGUUACCAUCAUCUAAAUUUAUUAGAACAGCUUAACAGACUUUCACAC